AUGACUGGGUUCAAAUACAAUGGCCAGAGGGUCGACAACAACCUCGCUGAGGAGAUUGGAAAGCUCCUCGAUCAUGCUGGAGUGCCAAAUUAUGUAUGGGGAGAAAUAUACCUCACUCUUAUCGCCGCUCCAGUCGUAAUACAUAAACUCGACUUCUUCGUUCCCGACCAUCUGAUCGACGUCGCCAUCAACACCCUCCGGAACGCCGACUUUCCUGACGACAAAGACAAUCCCCGCUGCGCGUGGAACAAGAAGGCACACGAGCGUGAAGGAACAUGGCCAAUCCCCUACCACAUGUUCCACCUGGAAGAGGACGAUAGCUUAUUAAUGGACGAGCAGGACGAACACUUCCCGAAGACGGCGGAGGAUAUAGAACGCAUCAAAGGCCCCUGGCAUGUCGACCUUUUCCUGUACCGCAAGUCGGACUAUUUCUGGGACCUGCCCGACAUCCCCGUGGGACUACCCGCGCCGGACGAUCCGAACUUCAUGCUGGCCAAUGACCGCCGACUCCCAGUCGAGAGGGUCCAGGGGUCAGGCGAUGGCCGAAUCGAGGACCCGAAUUGCCAGUUGAAGAUAGUGGCGCCUCCCCGGUACAUCGAGUCGAAUCUGCUUCUCAUAGCACGCGACCGGAGAUCAUGCGAUGGCGGCCUAUACUGGGCCGAGAACCUACGCUUCGUGAUCAUGUAUACCACGAAAUCCACGGCCGACUGGAGUCUCACGGAACCCGAGAGCCUAAAGCCGCGAUUUCAGAGGCUGUGGGCAACUUGGUUGAGGGAUCAUAUAUCCUAUCAGGAAUCCGUUUUCCGUCAAAUUGGGCGACUUCGUGCGGCUUUGCUUAGAGAAGGCUCGCUUCCUAGCUCUCCGUUUCCUAAUAGGCAUUGA